CUCUCAUAUUCACUAUUUUAUCAUCAUCUGGAGGUUGAUAGCUGAAAGUAAAUUAACUCAUUCACCGUUUUUCAUGUUUGUCUGUCUGUCUGUCGACGAACUAUUUUUGGAAACGUCAGCUCUUUAAUCAAAUGCGCCUGCGAUAGCAAAAUACGUGGGUUUAAUAUUGGCCCGUGUAUGCAGUACAAUAGUUUAUUAGCUAGCCUGUUGACUGGUUCCCCGAGGCAAUCCCAGAGGUCUUGCUAAGCUCCGAAAGUUGACUUUUGCUAGAGUUUUCAACUCUAAGGGAAGUAUUGUCAACUAAAUUUCUGUAUUCAUGUCUCACAAGCAAACUAUUCGUUUGUCAGCGAACUUACCCCAAUCAAGCACAAGUUUGGCUGGCUGCCUUAAAAUAAUACAUGAUAUUAUGCAAUCUAAAUGGAGACGAUUUCAGCAAACGAUACUGCUUAUUCUGCUUUUCUCAAUGGCAUGUAAGGGUGGGGUGAUCCCCUCCUUGAAGAUUACAAAAGAUUUUGCUAAACAAACAACUUUAUGUGCAGACGUAGGUCAAAUUAAAGAGACGCUGUUGUUGAUUGGUGAGCCGGACGUGUCGAUUGCCGGUUGCCUAGAGGAAAUCAAAACUCACCGCCUGACAGGACUCGAACGAUGUCACCCCAUGUGAUUACGCUUCAUAAGCCGUAUAAGCUGUUCUAAUCAUGACUAACAAACUCGGUCAUUUAAACAAACAACUAACGAAUUUAGGAUGGCUUGAAAACUCCGAUAUAACAAGGAUACAGGCAUGGAGUUUAGUCUAGGAUAUUGCUUCAUCGAGUUGAUCUAAAAAUCCGAACCAACAGAUGAAUAAAUAGUCCAUUUGCCCCGAGGCAUAUAAAUAAGCUAUUUAUUUUUUGAUUACAUCACAAUUCAGUGCUUAAGUAGUUUGAUUUGUGGCCCAUUAAAAUCGUUUUUUCCGCUUUGGCUGGUUAAAUAAAGGUCCUUAAAGGCAGUUCUGUGCGGAUACUAAGCUGAGGCAAGCAGUGAGGCGAGAGGCGUUUUUUCUGAAUCGGCAGAAAGCCCUUCUGUGAGAGGAAACGAAGUAGCGAAAUUCUUUGGCCAGAAGCCAGAAGUUCAAAACAUUCAUGGAGUUAAAACUGAAGAGCCUUUGUCUGCUCUGUGUCAUCUUCCUUCUAAUGGCGGUCUUGCCAAAUGAUGGACUGCGAGUGUCGAAGAAAAAGUUCAGAUUCAUAAAAAUUCGUCCAACACGCCGACCUCCGAUUACCAAUUCCAGCAUCCCCAAAGAGAAAUGCAAAAUAAUUGUCAACAGCCCUCCAAAACGCUUUGUUGGUCGUUUCAUCAAAGGACCGAUAUGCGUCCUCCUCAAUGAAAGCCAGAAAACAGCCAGACUCCAGAAAGUUGGCGGUUACGUUCCACGAUAUGUGGCAGUCAACAAAAAAGAGGCGUUGCAGUUUGAAAGCCUGCUCGGAGAUGUACAACCGCUACCGACCAGACCCCCAAGCUCAUCGCCUUAUAAUAACCAAUCAGAUUUGUCGAGUAUCUUUGGCCAGCAGGACGGAACUGCUGGAAACAGGAAACGACGCAGUUCGAUCACCCUGCCAUCGAGCCCCGGCACCACUGUCAUUCAAGAGUGCUUUGAUGGAGGUUCCCUUCUGGAAGAUGACGGAUUCAGGCGGCUGUGUACUGAAUGCUUUGGAAUCUCGCAACUUCCAGAAGGCGUUUUCCCUCCCUUUAUCAAUGAAGUGAUUUGUGGUGACGACUCAGAUUUCUGUGUGCCUGGCAUAGGGGAAUGCCAACAGAGGGUUAUAAAGCUUAAUGUUCUUAAUUUUACAGGGGAAUUUGAGCGCGAUGACGACCUAAGUGAGGUGUUUGGGUUUGAUGUGUUUGUAGAGGAGUUGGAAACCAUCGAAGUAGAAUUAAGAGCUUGCUGCGAAUGUCGUUUGUUCGCGUUUUUAGGAAAGAAGUAAGGAGCAAGAUUAACUUGCUAUUGUACUACAUCUUACAUCUAUUUGCAUUGUUAUUUUUAACGUAUACGUAGGUGGCUAAAUAUAACUAAACUUAAACUUAACAUAACUUGUGAUAACAUACGAUUAUUUUUGGAUUUUCUGGUCAAAUAUUUAAGCACUAUUUAAAAUAUAACGGUCUUGCCACAGCUACAUCCAUACGGUGGCUAUUCAUCUAACAAUAUCUAAUUAUUCAUUUGCCACUGUUAAUUACCUGAAUACAGUCAGUUGAUAACUAAAGUGAAUUUCGCAUAAAUAUAAUAAUUGUGUAACAACAAAAUCACACAUCAGAGCACAAGGAAGCCUCACAAAAAUCCUGUUAAUCAUACCGUGUCAUUUAGGAAGAACAGUUACUAGGCGUUAAUUCCUUAGUUUGUUGUAGCUGCUGUUCAAGGAGAGUGAACUUGAAUCAACAAUCAUUGUAGACAGACAAGUCAAUAACUUUCGUAAUUUCCUAGGAAGGAAUGAUAAACAUGUAAAUUCUCCAUUCGAUUUCAAUUCGUUGUCAAGCAAUCAGGAGAUGAGAAUAAACAAAAUUGUUAAGGGA